GUGGGAAGGCAAAGCAGACCAGCGGCGCUGUCAGUAAAACUGCAUGUUGGGACACACCUGGCUCUGCUGAUCAGACUCAGAGCUGCAGCGCCGGUUUUCCGCUCGGCAGUUGUUGGAAUGCUGGGCCAGACGACCGCCUGCCAUGAAGACUAACCCGGAUGACCAUCAGGUCGACGCUGUGGAGCCGUGGGGCUGAUAUGAUGGACGAGGCUGUGGUGGACAGCUGCAUUACGGAGCUGCCGCAGGGCGCCGUGGCGUCCGGCGAGAACGGCGACGCGGUGCUGGUCAUCAACCACAGCAGAGUCACGCCGCCUCUCAGCGUACUUUGGGCCACCGUUCUCUACUGCGCAGAGUUCAUCUGCGCCGCCGUGCUCUGCAGCAUCUACCACAACAACGGCGACAAGAUAUGGAUGGGCAUGACCAUCGCCUUCGUCCUGGUGCCCUCCGUGCUCACCCAGUUGACCCUUACCUUCGUCCACCGGGAUCUGGGGAGAGACAGGCCGCUGGUGUUGUUUAUGCAUCUGCUUCUGUUGGGACCACUUAUCAGGUGUGUAGAAGCUUUGGUAAUUUACUGUAAGGCUGGCAGAAAGGAAGAGCCAUAUGUGACAAUCACAAGGAAGCGAAAGCUGAAAAAUGGCAAAGCUGUCGGCUCCCCUAUGGAAUGGGAGAUUGGACACUCUGAGCGCAAGCUGGCUGUCCACCGCAAUGCCUUCAAGCGUACAGCUAUCAUCCAGGCUUUCCUUGGCUCCACCCCACAGCUAACGCUACAGCUAUAUGCUGCCAUUCAGGAGAAGUACCUCCUUUCCACCAGAGUUGUCUUGAUGGUCAUCUCCUUGAUAUCAAUCAUUUAUGGGGCACUGGUCUGCAGUGUGCUGGCCAUUCAGAUCCGCUACGAUGACUACAAGGUGCGGCUGAAGCCUGCCGCCUACUUCUGCAUGGUGCUGUGGCGUGGCUUGGAAAUUACCACCCGUGUCGCCUCCCUGGUGCUCUUCAGCACUGCCCUCACCUUCUGGGUGAUCCCAGUGGGGCUAGCCAACCUGUUCAUCUUCUUCUUCCAGCCCUGGGUGGAGUUCUGGGCCAGGAAGGCCUCCAUGCCUGAGAAUAUUGAAAAGAACUUCAGCAAGCUGGGCACCACGGUGGUGCUAUGCAUGGUGACACUCCUCUAUGCGUGCAUCAACAUCUUCUGCUGGUCAGCUGUGCAGCUGAACCUGGCCGAUCAUGAUCUCAUCGAGAAGCAGCCUCGCUGGAGCCACCUGGCUGUCUAUUACACAUUUCGCUUCUUUGAAAACGUAGUGCUUAUCAUCUUGUGGUUUUCAUUUCAGUCGGACUUCUAUGUGUAUGUGUGUGUACCGCUGUUGGUGGUGCAGCUGAUCGUUUGCUAUGGCCUAGCAGUGCUCUUCAUGCUCCUUUUCUAUCAGUUCUGCCACCCAGCCCGUAAGCUUUUCAAACACAAUGUGGAGGACUGCCUGCGUUGCGUAUGCUGUCAGAAGAAAGGCCAGUUGCAGCCUCAGGACGAUGGCGUGCUAGUUCCAGAGGACUUGCAACACCCAGACCUCAACACCCAGCUGGGGGAACGAGAAACAGAUAUUCUGGAUGAUACUACGGAGGCUGCUUGACCACGUUAUUCCUUUGGUCACAUUUAGGGCCAAGUCUAGCAUAUUUGCACCAAUCAAUGCUCAGGACUGUCUUAUGUUUAAUGAUGACCAGGUGAUCAACUACACUAAAUAUGCUGCAUUAUAUGAACAGUCUUGUGUAAAUUCAGUAUUUUUAGCAUAAGGAUUUGUAAUUGCACCAUAAAAAGUGACAGUGCUCUAUUUUUAGAAUUCACUGCUUUGGUGUGGAAAUCAAAGAAGGUCAUGGAUUGAUAGGAUGCUAGUCAACUAGGAAUGUCCUUUGUUCAGUUAGCCAGGGUUGGUUCACAAAAGCAGCAUUCAGAACAGGGUAGUCCUACAAUGUGUUGACCAGGUGUGUUGGCAAAAUGCCAUGUGUCUGUCUCUGAAUGAAGAAACCUGGUAAUUUAGGGGAUGCCCUGCUUUACUGUCUUGUCAGGCAAGCGUAAAAGGUAAGCCAAAGCGCAGAUGAUCCAGUGGUUCGUUUCCCUCAAGUGCACUUUUGAAACUUGCAUAUCUGAGAAGUUGUGACUCUUCCUUUGAAUUUAAUUUCCUUUAAGAUGUAGAGGAAGUCAAACAAUGAAGCUCUGUUGAGCAUGACACUGUAGUUUUAAAUGGCUGUUCCUGCAGAACACAUAAUCUGAAAAAACACUGAAAUUAAUGACUUUGAUUUUUAAUAGACAAAAAAGGAAGAAUGUCUUAAUUUGCUAGAUUAUUUUUUUUUUGUUUUGUUGGUUGUUUUCUUGUGUCUGAAUGAUGUGCCUCCAAUCUACUGAUUGCAUCUUAAAUAUAAUAUUAAUAAAAUACAUCGAAAGUC